CAUCUGAGCCACGGCUGCCAGGAGGGCCGAGCGCAAGGUUUGGCGGAGCUCGAGAGCUGGCGGUUUCGGCCCUGCCCUCUGCGUCCGCCUCGGCCGCGGGGCGAGGGCGUGAGGGCUACGGACGCGGGACCGCUCUCUGUUAGCACUGCGUGCUGCCCCGACCCCGCGCUGAGAGCCGCGUGAUCCCAGCAAGUAGCCAGUGAGUCGGCUGCUUCCCACCAACCCGAGCGCUGGGAGGGAGUAGGUGCCGCGAGGGGGCGGCUUGCGUGGAGAGAGCCGUCCGCUCGCCGCGCACUCGGCGACGCCGCGGAUGUUGCCGCGCGCCUCUCAGCCUUCGGGCUGCACGGAGCGCACGGUCCUACCCCGCCACGCCGGGGGCACCCCAGGGGCGCUCCGGGCCCCGGGAAUCACGGCACCCAUGACUGCGACAGUGCUCGUGACCUCCACCGCGAAGUCACCUCCCCACGCGACGCGAAGACCUCAGUGAGCCGCGGCGCCUGGCACCCGCCGGUAUCCAGCCUGAUGUGACUCUCCUCAGCGGCUUGCUCUCUCUUUUUGGUUUACUAGGACUCGAAGCCGCGGAGGCGGCCACAAAGUUGAGGCGCUCGCCAUAGUGGGCAAGUUCGGGCGAUCCGAGCCGAGCAGGGGUUAGGCUGGCGGCCGCCACCAGGCUCGCUCCAGAGCAGGAGCACUGGCCCACAGCACUUACCCCCUCCAGCGGCGGAAAUAUGAAGUCAGGGGGAAGCGGUGUCAGGGGCUGACUAGUCCUAAAGCGCCCGGCCCUGCUGCCGGGCAAUGGGAAGCAAAGUGCUUGGGGGACUAAGUCCGGCCUCAGAGAUGCUUAGAAAGCGGCUGCCAAGGCCGAGGCUCUUCGCGCACGCGGCGGAGUUGGAGGUGUCCGUUGUUCAAGCGCUGCCGUCGCCACCUAGGCGAGGUGCUGGGGGCGCAGCCCGUACGUAGCUCGCUUGGACUACUCGCGGCCCCGCGGAGCCACCUGGGUUGCUGGGCUCUGGCCGCACCGGCCCGAGGAGUGCCCGCGAUCCCCGUGCCGCUUCACAGCUGCUCUGUCUCUCCGUCUUUGGGGUCCGCAAGUGCCCGCGUCAGUCCGGAGAGGCGCUCGGGCCGCCUGAACUGCUCGCCGCACCUGGCCGUCCCUCCCCUGAUUCCCCCCGGGAGGCGCCCUCCCCCGCCACCUCGCUCCCCUCCCCCAAACCACAGCCCGAGCUCGCUCCUGCGCGCGCGCUCUCCCGGGCCCAAGUGAAUAGUCCUCGCGCGAGCGGGACACGGUGGUGGAUGCAAUUCCGCUCGCUUACAGCCGCCAGGAGCUCCCUGGCGCCGCAGGCAGCGUCCUCCUCCGAAGCAGCUGCGCCUGCACCUGGGCAGCCUGGACCUUCGUGCCCUGCCCCCGGGGCCUCGCGCGGGGGGCGCCCCGGGACACCUCCUGCGGGCCGGGUGGAGGAGGAAGAGGAAGAGGAAGAAGACGUGGACCCGGACCCCUACCCUACGCAAAACACCUGGCCUCGCUGCUGUCACUUCUCUUUAAGUGGGAGAAGAAGAGAGCUGGGGAGAGUCAUGGGGGGCUGUGAAGUCCGGGAAUUUCUUUUGCAAUUUGGGUUCUUCUUGCCGCUGCUGACAGCUUGGCCGGGCGACUGCAGUCACGUCUCCAACAACCAAGUUGUUUUACUUGAUACAACAACUGUGCUGGGAGAGCUAGGAUGGAAAACAUAUCCAUUAAAUGGGUGGGAUGCUAUCACUGAAAUGGAUGAACACAAUAGGCCCAUUCAUACGUACCAGGUGUGCAAUGUAAUGGAACCAAACCAAAACAACUGGCUUCGUACAAACUGGAUCUCCCGUGAUGCAGCUCAGAAAAUUUAUGUGGAAAUGAAGUUUACAUUGAGGGAUUGUAACAGCAUCCCAUGGGUUUUGGGGACUUGCAAAGAAACAUUUAAUCUGUAUUAUGUGGAAUCAGAUGAGUCCCAUGGAAUUAAAUUCAAGCCAAGCCAGUAUACAAAGAUUGACACAAUUGCUGCUGAUGAAAGUUUUACCCAGAUGGAUUUGGGUGAUCGUAUCCUGAAACUAAACACGGAAAUUCGUGAGGUGGGGCCUAUAGAAAGGAAAGGAUUCUAUCUGGCUUUUCAAGACAUUGGGGCAUGCAUUGCCCUGGUCUCAGUCCGUGUAUUCUACAAAAAGUGCCCCUUCACUGUUCGAAACUUGGCUAUGUUUCCUGACACCAUCCCAAGGGUUGAUUCUUCUUCUUUGGUUGAAGUAAGGGGCUCUUGUGUGAAGAGUGCAGAAGAGCGUGAUACUCCUAAACUAUAUUGUGGAGCUGAUGGAGAUUGGCUGGUUCCCCUUGGAAGGUGUAUCUGCAGUACAGGAUAUGAAGAAAUCGAAGGUUCUUGUCACGCUUGCAGACCAGGAUUCUAUAAAGCAUUUGCUGGGAACACAAAAUGUUCUAAAUGCCCUCCCCACAGUUUAACCUAUAAGGAAGCAACUUCUGUCUGUCAGUGUGAAAAGGGUUACUUCCGAGCUGAAAAAGACCCACCUUCCAUGGCAUGUACCAGGCCGCCUUCAGCUCCUAGGAAUGUGGCUUUUAACAUCAAUGAAACGGCCCUUAUUUUGGAAUGGAGUCCACCAAGUGACACAGGAGGGAGGAAAGAUCUCACAUACAGUGUAAUCUGUAAGAAAUGUGGCUUAGACACCAGCCAGUGUGAGGACUGUGGUGGAGGACUCCGCUUCAUCCCAAGACAUUCUGGCUUGAUCAACAAUUCUGUGAUAGUACUUGACUUUGUGUCUCACGUGAAUUACACCUUUGAAAUAGAAGCCAUGAAUGGAGUUUCUGAGUUGAGCUUUUCUCCCAAGCCAUUCACAGCUAUAACAGUGACUACGGAUCAAGAUGCACCUUCCCUGAUAGGUGUGGUAAGGAAGGACUGGGCAUCCCAAAAUAGCAUUGCCCUAUCAUGGCAAGCACCUGCUUUUUCCAAUGGAGCCAUUCUGGACUACGAGAUCAAGUACUAUGAGAAAGUCUACCCACGGAUAGCGCCGGCAUUUUGGCACUACCUGCGGGUAGAAGAGCAUGAGCAGCUUACCUAUUCCUCCACGAGGUCCAAGGCACCCAGUGUCAUCAUCACAGGUCUCAAGCCAGCCACCAAGUACAUAUUUCAUAUCCGAGUGAGGACUGCAACAGGAUACAGUGGCUACAGUCAGAAGUUUGAAUUUGAAACAGGAGAUGAGACUUCUGACAUGGCGGCCGAACAGGGACAGAUUCUCGUGAUAGCCACUGCGGCUGUUGGGGGAUUUACUCUCCUCGUCAUUCUUACUUUGUUCUUCUUAAUCACUGGGAGGUGCCAGUGGUACAUAAAGGCCAAAAUGAAGUCAGAAGAGAAGAGAAGAAACCACUUACAGCAAAAUGGGCAUUUGCGUUUCCCAGGAAUUAAAACUUACAUAGAUCCAGAUACAUAUGAAGACCCAUCCCUAGCAGUUCAUGAAUUUGCAAAGGAGAUUGAUCCCUCAAGAAUUCGCAUUGAGAGAGUCAUUGGGGCAGGAGAAUUUGGAGAAGUCUGUAGUGGACGUUUGAAGACACCAGGAAAAAGAGAGAUACCCGUUGCCAUUAAAACUUUGAAAGGUGGCCACAUGGAUCGACAAAGAAGAGAUUUUCUAAGAGAAGCUAGUAUCAUGGGUCAGUUUGACCAUCCAAAUAUCAUUCGACUAGAAGGUGUUGUGACAAAAAGAUCCUUCCCGGCCAUUGGGGUGGAGGCGUUUUGCCCCAGCUUCCUGAGGGCAGGAUUUUUAAAUAGCAUCCAGGCCCCUCAUCCAGUGCCAGGGGGAGGAUCUCUGCCCCCCAGGAUUCCUGCUGCUUAUAUCACUUUGAUAAGUGAUCCCUGUACACUUCCUCUGGCACUUUUCAGUAAUGACGGCUACAAUUUCAAAGGCAGACCAGUAAUGAUUGUGGUGGAAUAUAUGGAGAAUGGAUCCCUAGACUCCUUUUUGCGGAAACAUGAUGGCCAUUUCACAGUCAUCCAGUUGGUUGGUAUGCUCCGAGGCAUUGCAUCAGGAAUGAAGUAUCUUUCUGAUAUGGGUUACGUUCAUCGUGAUCUAGCAGCUAGGAAUAUAUUGGUCAACAGCAACUUAGUAUGCAAAGUUUCUGAUUUUGGUCUUUCCCGGGUGCUGGAAGAUGAUCCCGAAGCUGCAUAUACAACAACUGGUGGGAAAAUUCCCAUAAGGUGGACGGCCCCAGAAGCUAUUGCCUACAGAAAAUUCUCCUCAGCAAGUGACGCGUGGAGCUAUGGCAUUGUCAUGUGGGAGGUCAUGUCCUAUGGAGAGAGACCUUAUUGGGAAAUGUCUAACCAAGACGUCAUUCUGUCCAUUGAAGAAGGCUAUAGACUUCCGGCUCCCAUGGGCUGUCCAGCGUCUCUACACCAGCUGAUGCUCCAUUGUUGGCAGAAGGAGAGAAAUCACAGACCGAAAUUUACUGACAUUGUCAGCUUCCUGGACAAACUGAUCCGCAAUCCCAGUGCCCUUCACACCCUGGUGGAGGAUAUCCUUGUGGUUAACGGACCCCACAGCCAGUGCCCAUCAACAGAGCUCUCUAACUGUUCUAUGGCAGUAGAAGCAGGCAGAAUGCCAGAAUCCCCUGGUGAAGUUCCGGAAUAUCCUUUGUUUGUCACAGUUGGUGAAUGGCUGGAUUCUAUAAAGAUGGGGCAAUAUAAAAAUAACUUCAUGGCAGCAGGGUUUACGACUUUUGACCUAAUUUCAAGAAUGAGCAUUGAUGAUAUUAGAAGAAUUGGAGUCCUACUCAUUGGACACCAGAGACGGAUAGUCAGCAGUAUACAGACCUUACGUUUACAAAUGAUGCAUAUACAGGAGAAAGGAUUUCAUGUAUGAAAGUACUACAAGCACUUGUGUUUUGUGCCUCAGCAUUUCUAAAAUGAAAGAUACCCUCUCUACUACCCUCUCUUCUGAUUCUCCAAACAUCACUUCAUAAACUGCAGUCUCCUGUUCAGACUACGGGCACGCACCUUUUGUUUAUGCUUCCAACCUGGAUGUUAAAAUUAUGCCUCAUAGCUCCUCUCUGAAUAAUCUGCAAAUAAAACCCUGGCCCACCUCAGAUUAUCACUACACAAUGGUAAAUUACUCAGCAUGGAUGUGUAACUUUGUACAACAGUAUUUGGAAAGUGUUCACGAACUUAACCCAAAGGAAUUUGCCCAGGUGUGGCUUCCUUAAUGAUGUAUUUAGAGUUUGAUGGUAGAUGAAAAAGAAAUAGUUGACAUUUCUUUCAUGUUUUGUGAUCAAGUAGCUUCCAAACUGACAUGAAUAUUUUAGAUAAUUAUAUUCAACUCUAUGGAUCAUAUUGUUAAUUUGUUUUAUUUGUAUGUGUAUUUAUUUGUAUUAUAUUUAUUUAACUAUUGAUGCCUGAUGUUGUUAGAAUUAUUUGCAGAAAUAACCAGUGAUGUCAUUUGGUGAAUUCUUGUCAGGUGUAACUGCACUAAGGAGGAGGUUAUCAGGGAGGGAGAGGGAGAAACAUACUGUGCUUUUCAAUCUUCUAAGGCUGGGUUUGCUUAUUUUUUUUAAUUGACUUUAUAGUGUCCUACAUAUUUAGUAGUAAGUGGUAGUUUAGAGGCUUUUCCCUUCUAAGUUUUGCUAACUAUAGUAUAUUUCUCUCCAACCUUAUGAAGAUCACCCCAAAAAGGGUAAGAGUGAGACCAGUUUUUGAAAGGAUUUCAUAGAGUGAAGCAUGAAAUAAAACCAUGUCUAUUCCCGUGGUUCACCUUCACAAGUUUGCAAAAGCAGUUAUCAAAGCACUGAGAAAAUUAGUUAGUUUCAGUAUAAUUGCUUUGAAUAAAAGAUCUAAGAUUAUCACCUUAGACUUAAUGUAAAAAGAGUAAUUAAUUUAGUUUAAACACAAUUUUAUGAUAGCUAUAUGGUGGCCCCCCAAAAUAAACAUAUCUAGCUUGAAUGUCUGCUAUUGGUGCAUUUUGCAAGUUUAAGAACUUUUGUAUUUUGUUCCUAAAGUAUAAGUUACAUGAAUAUGCUGAGCUGUUUUCCAAACCUUUCAAGAGACAAGUAUGCCACUGCAUGUUCCAAAGAGGAUAUGAAAAGACCUAACACAUGAGCAUAUAUAAAUUGUGUGUCAACCUGGACCCAUAACACAAUAACAUAAAAAUGUGAACACAGCUAGGGUAUGUUGUCAUAAUUGUCUCAGAGGCUGCAAAAAAAAGGCAAAUGUAUUUUUCAGGGAACUAAGCUGAGUCAUUUUAUCAAAACAGUGUUGCUUUAUGAGUAAGUUCAAUUGUAAAAUCAGCUGUUGACUGUGAAAAUACAGAAUGGCUCCUGUGGUGAGUUUGGAAGAGUAGGCAAGAUGUGUUGAGAGAAAGCAAUUUUAAAAAUAGCAGGCUGUCUAAAGAUGCUUACUUAAUAAAUCGGUUUUUCUUUAAUUUAAGAUGUAAAGGUGCCCAACCCACUUCUCCAGUUCCCACCUAAAUCACAUAUUUUGGUAAUAGCAGCUGUCUUGCUAUUAAAGGAGACGCACUUUCUUUUAUUCUUUUAGGUUUGUUGAUUGUCCCAUUAGACUAGAGCCUUCCACAUACAUUCUUUUGCUGAUUUAUCUCCUGACUUUUGUCUACCACAGCUUAAUUUUUUCUCAUUAAAAAAAAAAAAGUGUAUAGAGCUAGAAGGAAGAGUCUUUAAAGUAUUCCUUAAAGUAUACUAAAAAAGAAAAAAAGUGAGAAAUGCAUCACUUUUUAAGUAAGUGUGUCCGAAAUAGCUAGCAACAUUUUCUAGCCACCAUGUGCAUGGUCAUGCAUCACUCAUACACUAUCGGCAGUUUGCUUGAUACAUUUACACAGAUCUGGUUACAUGUAGAGGAAAUAUAAAAUUUCCACAUUUACCUAUCUUCAAAUAUAUAUUAAAUAAGAACAAAUA